AUGAGAUUUCAAUCCCCUGUUCUUUCCAUCCUUGUUUUGUUGGCCUUUGCGGCCAUGAAUGAAGUUAUAUCAGAAGAAUGGAGGCCUAUCAAGGAAAUCAAUGAUCCAUACGUGAUUGGGGUCGCCGAUUUCGCUGUUAAUCAAUUCAACAAAAUAACAGGGGCUAAUUUGAAGUUUGAGAAAAUCAUCAAGGGUGAAUCACAAAUUGUCAAGGGAAAAAACUAUCGUUUCAUUCUUUCUGCUACUGACGGAGUUGUUUCUAACAAUUAUCAAGCCACUGUGUAUGACAUGCCAUGGGGAUACAUUAGGAACCUCACCUCAUUUGAAAUUGUUCAUGAGUAA